AGAGGAUAAGUCAGCGUUUCUGACCAAAUGGUUCUUUCCUCAAAGUGUUAAUCUAAAAACAAAGGAGACAUGGAACACCCAACUUGUGUUGUGGAGGAAAUGAAGCAGUUUGUCAUACAUGGUGCUCCAUCAACAGUGUAUUACAUCCCCGAUUUCAUAUCAGAGGAUGAGGAGUCCUAUCUUCUACAGCAGGUCUACAAGUCUCCAAAGACUAAAUGGACUCAGCUGUCAGGACGCAGACUACAAAACUGGGGAGGGUUACCUCAUCCCAAAGGCAUGGUCGCAGAGAAGAUACCAGACUGGCUCCACACGUACUGUGAGAAAAUUUCCUCUCUUGGUGCAUUUGGUGGGAAAACAGCCAACCACGUGUUGGUGAAUGAGUAUAAACAAGGAGAAGGGAUUAUGCCUCAUGAGGACGGCCCUCUCUACCACCCUACUGUCACCACUAUUAGCCUGGGCUCUCACACCUUCCUUGACUUCUACACACCGGUCAGCAGCAUGGAAAAUGACGCCCCACAGACAGAGGAGAACCGUUACCUGUUCUCCCUGCUGGUGAAGCCACGCAGUCUUUUGAUCCUGCAGGAUGAAAUGUACCAGCGUCUCCUUCAUGGCAUCCGACCAUGCGAUCAGGACACCCUGACAGACAAGGUGGUGAACCUGUCAGCAGCUGGGGCCAUGCCAGGGGAGAUAAUGACACGGGACACCAGAGUGUCGCUGACUGUACGACAUGUGCCUAAAGUCAUCAAGACAAAACUUUUCCUGGGAAGGAAAUGAAGAAAGACUCCGUGUUGCCCUUAUAGGUUUUUACACCACAACAUAAUUGAGUUUGUCAGAAUAACCUAGAUUGUAACUAAAGAUUUCACCAACAGCAGCUUUGACUUCUUGGUGUCAUUUACUAUCUUGAUUUACUUCACAGUAGAGUCAAUCAGGCAGGCUACUUUGAACAUGUGAUACAAGCUUUACAGAUAUUCUGUGUUUGCAGUGCAGACAGGCCAAAGAAGUUAAUUUAAAAAUAGUUUCAUAUGUCAUCAUAUACAGUGUCAUAUGAACCUAUGAAUGUGUCUGGUCAAUACAUAAUGUCGUCACAUUUCCUCGAAGAUUAAAUUCAAUGGGAUGUUGUACUAUAUAUCGAGUCUGAGGAAGUACAAAAUGCAAGUUGCACCAUUGGAAAUGUAUAAUGUAGCGUUGCAAUUUUGGCUAGUAGGGACCAGAAAUGAUGAUCAGCCUCUGACACGUUUGUGAAUCUUUGAAUGAUCGAUUCUGUACUUGUUUGUUAUAAGUUGGUAAAUGUAUGUUUUUUUUAAAACAUGUUCUCUGCUUUACUAAAAUAUCUUUGCAUCAUA